CUAAGAUCUCUUCCUGAAGCUGGCGCGGGAGUCGCACAUCCCAGAGUCUAAGGUGGCGGGGGGGAGGGGUGGUUUUGUAAUACCUACCCGGGAUCUGAGCCGCUGAAAUGCCAGCCUUUGGUGAACACUGCAGUCCGUCCCGAUUUUGUUGCCUGGCUGGGAACGGCAGGGCUAGGCCCAGGAGGUUUAAAGCAUUUUGAGUGACUUCAGUCGAGGUGUGUUAACUGGACGUGAUCCGAAGGAAUUGUUUAAUUAUAGUGAACGGAUCGUAUGGAAUGUGAGAACCAACCUAUAAUCCGGAAAGUAGCGGCAGUGGCUUCAUUCGCGGAAAGAGAAGACAAGCAAACCGACUCCGAAAGAAACAAAUCCGGCGCAGUCGCCUUCGGGACAACUUACCCUUUGUCAGAGAGCGGAGAACAAAAAAUAAUCGCUUAUUCCGGCGGGGACCCAAAUGUUCUUCCAUCAGGCCUGCUCCGGAGGAAAAAGAUUCGGCACCUGCCCUCGGCCUGUCAGAAAUACCCUUACCAGAAGCGGAGCGUGCAAGCAGGAGGAGAGGCGAGCGGGAUCACCAGGCACCAGAGAAGAGGCGGGGGGGGCACCCAGCCGCUCCUGAAGGAGCCACCUGAGAAAAAGAAGCUAGAAGGAACUAGAGCGGGCUGAAAGGGCUGUAGCCGACCGGGUUGUCGAAGAGACAAGGCGGGACUGAGCUGAGGGGGCGCGAGUCCGGCAGGUGUUCCUCCAUGUGGGGCCGCCAACCUGGAAGAGAGCCGGGGGAAGGCGGUGGGCUCCGGCGAUGACCCUGCUAAGCGAGGCCCGGACUUACACACCUGCCAACACUGCUCCUAUGGACAGUAACAUAGUGGCCAUUAUUAUAGCUACCACAGUUUCUUCCUCCGUGUUCAUCGUAGCCAUUUUGGUGCUGCUGCUCCUCUUGUACCACCGGGACCCUAUGUGCUGCCAAUUUCUGUGCUCUUGCCGACUCUUCCAGAGCCCCAGUCAAUAUGAGCGUCCUCCUCCUUACUUCCGUAGCAAUCAGCGACUGGUGGGAGCCCAGUCUGGAGCACAACGACUGGAGACAAGUGCUGAAAACCCUGGUGUCCAGGGAGAUGAAUUAUUCUGUGUUGGAAGCCCCAGUAGCUAUCAGCUUCCACCGUGGGAGCAGCCUCACCUACCAAGCUAUGAGAGUGUACGAAAAAAGGACCGGCAACGGGAGAUCCACCAGAUGAUUGCUGAAAGAUUUGGCUUAUGGGCAGAAGUCUCUCAAGAGCUGCCGCCCCCUUAUGAACAGGCCCUGAGGUGUCCUGCCGCCCUGUCAAGAACCGGAGCAGGCUCAGAGUUGUCAGCCGGGCAGAGCCUGCCAGAUAUGCUCCAAGCGUCUCCCACUUACCAGACUCAAAGGAACACUUCGGUGUAGGCUGGGAAUCGGUCCUCCAGUCUCCCGUGGCACAGACUGGGCCACACUUUCACUUCUGCAGGGCAGUCGGCCAAACCUUGAUGCCAAGAAAGCGGAAUGAAACCCUCCAGCACUGUUGCAAAUCAAGCCAUGCCUUUUUUUCCCACUCCUUACAACAAUUACAGCUUUGGGACUGCUGUCUAGAACUAAUCCCUAAAGACAAAAAAUUACACAUCUGAAUGGAACAAAUUGCCCUGGGGAAGUUCUGAUCAGCUUUUCUCUUCCUCUUUUUUACACAUCGGAACCUGAAGAAACUUCUACCAAGAACAGCCUAGAGAUUCCUUCCAGGCCUCUUCAGGGGUUAGUUAUCUCCAGAUGACCUUCUUGCUGUAGGAAUAAGUCAAGUAGACACCCCAUAGGAAUUUCAGUUUGAUCUCUGGGAGCUGAACAUCAGACAAAGCCAUUGAAACUUCCCUCCCUCACUGUUGCUUUAAAGAGACCAAGAGAGGCUUCCAGUUCAAAGACCACCUUCAGAGAAUGUGCAGCAGCUCUUCCACUUAAAAAAAAAAUACCUCUGUUAGAGCUGCCAAACUUUCAAGGUAUUUAGCCUGAACAUUUUAUGGUCUUUUAGCUGUCACAGAACUGCAUCCGCAGGACACCGUUUGGGGCUUCAAGUGACACAAUGAAUGUAUUUUGCCCUCUGGCUAUUUUCAGCAAUCUGCACCAAGGAAUGAACACUUUGGACAAAUUCUGGUGGGAUUUGAUUUUUCUCCUUUCAAAGACAGGGUGGGAGCAGUUUUGCAGAUCCAGACAAGUUCAGAGAUUAAGCAGAAGUCUGGCACUUUUGCGUCAUGUUUCCCCCUGCUGAACUCCAAAUAGCCUACGUUUUGCAGCCAAGCCAUAGCUAAGAGAAAGGGUUACCUGUCAAGAUGUAGAAGGGAAGAUUUAACUAUUUUUAUUCAUCCCCAGAGUUGUUAUUUCUGCUCAAUUGUCAGUUGGGGCUCAGACAAUCUUAAUAAGCUUAAAUCUGAUUUGC